AUGAGCACUCCUGAUGGCACUCCAGGCACUACUCGCCAUCACGGAUGGUCUGCCUUCAAGGCGAAAUUGCACCUACACGUGGAUACACCUCCCAAAUCCAGCACCAAUUCAUCAAACACGCUCCAUCACACUACCCUAAAUGGAUCACACGGAAGCUCGUUAUCGAAUACGCCCAAAAUGAGCAGUAAAGCCCAACAUUCUCCUACUAGUCCUCAUGCUCCACACUCUUUCUCGAAACUCGUCGUUAAAAUCUCGGCACAUCACGAAGACGGUCCUACCUCGCCUCCCAAAAUAACUCCAAAUCUGUUGUCGCCUAUGCCUGUUCCAACUACUACUCGACCAACUCGCUCCACAUCUUCAGGGAAUGCGAACUUCCAAUUGGCUGUGGAUUUCUUCAAGUUGCGUACGGCUAGGUUGACUCAGAUUCUUAAUAAUUCUGAGCUGUCGGACUUGUUCGAGGAGUUUCUCAAGACUAUAUUUGCUGAUGACGCGUUAUACGCAUGGCAAGACAUCGAAGCCUUCCGUAUGGGUGCUGGUGGACCACCAAGUGAAUACAAAUCCUACUCUGCGCGUCCUAGUCCGGAACUUUCUGCAUCUAAGCCCAAACUGCCAUCUGCCAAAUCAAUGGACUUUUCGACUAAAGUGGUUUCAGCAGGAUCAUCACCUGUUCUUGCAGCACCUGUUACAGCACCACCACCAGCACCUAACGUCGCAUCAACAGAAUCUGCACCUGGAUCUCCCAAAUCAUCGAAACCGGUGGUAGACAUGUCACCAUAUGCUAAACUGCUUCGCAAGACUAGUACGUGUCACGCUAUUGUUAUUUACAUGAAGUAUGUAGCAGUCAACUCACCAUGUGAGCAAAACGUUCCCAUCAAACUGAAAAGGAGUCUCCACACUCUCUUUGAAGAGCUCUUGCCCUAUUUUACAUUGGUCGACCCUGUCGCACUGGAGGAUCCCGAACGUGUUGGCAGCAAUCCCGCUGUUUGUGUUUUCGAAGGAACAUCCAUGGAUUCCUUCCCUGACGCACCAUUUGUGACUUUUGCACUGUUUGAUGAAGUGCAAAAGCACAUCUUCCAGGUCUUGGCCUUGGAUACCUUGUCCAAGUUUGUUAUUACGGAGCCGUUUAUGAAAUGGUGUGAAGAGAACGGCGACGCGUUACAGCAAUCUGAAUACCGUCCACUCAGUCUCGCAAUGGCCAAACAACGUCGUGGUUCUUCUCUGUCGGAUAUAGAACAGAGUUGCAAGAAUCUGGAUUCUUUAGCUUUGGAAUCUCAUCAACGUCGUUCUCGAGACAUUUAA